AUAUGAGCUCUUGUGGCGACACCUUCGUUCUCUUUCUCUCUCCUUUCUUCCCGAUUUGUAAAACCCUAACGACUAGAUUUUGAGUGCCGUGACUAUUUCUUUCUCAACUUCCCGAUCAUAUUUCUCAAUCGGAGAAAUUGUCUCGACGGACAUCAUGAGUCGCUACGAUAGCCGGACCGGCGAUUCCACAUCGUACCGUGAACGUCGAAGAGGAGUUUGCUUCAUUUUCAAAGUUGCUUGUUCUUAGUGACUCUGGGUUUGGUGGGGCUUCAACAUAUGGAAGCUCGGGUGGUCAUACAUCAAGCAAAAGGGAAAGUGAUGGCAAUGAAUCUCCACGGAAGCCAGAUUUGGAUGGUUUGACUCCUUUUGAGAAGAAUUUCUAUGUCGAGUCACCAGCUGUUGCAGCUAUGACAGAGGCACAAGUUGAGGAAUAUCGAAGGUUGAGGGAAAUUACUGUCGAAGGUCGAGAUAUUCCAAAACCCGUCAAAAGUUUUCGUGAUGUUGGGUUUCCUGAUUAUGUUUUGGAAGAGAUUAAGAAGGCUGGUUUUACUGAACCUACACCUAUACAAUCUCAGGGGUGGCCAAUGGCAUUGAAGGGACGUGAUCUCAUCGGCAUUGCUGAAACUGGCUCUGGGAAGACUCUUUCUUACUUACUACCUGCAAUAGUCCAUGUGAAUGCUCAACCAAUUUUAGCUCAUGGGGACGGCCCAAUCGUCUUGGUUCUUGCUCCGACACGUGAACUGGCUGUUCAGAUACAGCAAGAAGCGUCUAAAUUUGGUUCAUCAUCAAAGAUAAAGAGCACUUGCAUUUAUGGCGGAGUUCCAAAAGGGCCUCAAGUGCGUGAUCUCCAGAAAGGUGUGGAAAUUGUUAUAGCUACUCCUGGGAGGUUAAUAGACAUGAUGGAGUCGAACAACACAAACUUGCGGAGGGUUACUUAUCUUGUUUUGGAUGAGGCUGAUCGAAUGCUGGAUAUGGGGUUUGAUCCUCAGAUCCGGAAAAUUGUUUCACAUAUUCGGCCAGACCGUCAAACUUUAUAUUGGAGUGCUACUUGGCCGAAGGAGGUGGAACAACUAUCUAAGAAGUUUCUUUAUAACCCAUACAAAGUGAUUAUAGGAUCUUCUGAUUUAAAAGCUAACCGUGCAAUCCGUCAAAUUGUUGAUGUCAUUUCUGAAAGCCAAAAGUAUAACAAGUUGGUGAAGUUGCUUGAAGACAUAAUGGAUGGAAGCAGAAUUCUUGUCUUCCUCGAUACAAAAAAGGGCUGUGACCAAAUCACUCGUCAGCUUCGCAUGGAUGGUUGGCCUGCUUUGUCAAUACAUGGUGAUAAAAGUCAAGCUGAGAGAGAUUGGGUUCUAUCAGAGUUUAGGUCAGGCAAAAGCCCUAUAAUGACUGCUACAGAUGUUGCAGCCCGUGGAUUAGACGUGAAAGAUGUCAAGUAUGUGAUAAACUAUGACUUCCCUGGAUCACUAGAGGAUUAUGUUCACAGGAUUGGAAGAACUGGUAGAGCCGGGGCCAAAGGAACAGCUUACACUUUCUUCACAGUAGCAAAUGCGAGAUUUGCCAAAGAGCUAAUCAGCAUACUACAAGAAGCUGGACAGAAAGUGAGCCCCGAAUUGUCAUCAAUGGGUCGCAGUACCGCUCCUCCUCCUCCAGGGCUUGGAGGAUUUAGAGACCGUGGGAGUAGAAGAGGCUGGAGCUGAUUCAUGUAUGUUUUAUAUUGCUUUUAGGGUUCAGUGAUUUUUCUUUUCCAUUUUACUCUAUUGAUUGCCUCUCCCUUACUCUCUUUGUUUUUCGAAGAUUUGUUUGACAUUUACAUCAUAACAUUAAACAUGUAAGAUAACAUAUGGUCUGAUGAUCCGGAUUAGGGUAAAAUUUGUGGUUAAGAACAAAACCAAAAACAGACAUUUUGGUAAUUUAAAUCCCUUUAAAUUUUGA